UCAACAAUAUACAUCGAAAAUAAAGACAUUGAUUGACUGAAAAUGGUUCAAGAUUGGAUGAAUGUCUUCUUUUCUCAUGUAUAUUUAUAAUUGCUCUUCACCUAAAAAUAUAUUUGUUUUAUCCGAUUACUCGAUUAAUCAAUAGAAUUUUCAGUUGAUUACUCGAUUACUAAAAUAUUCGAUAGCUGCAGCCCUAGUUAAUUGCGUCAAAUAUUUUAACCUGAUUAAUUAAAAAAAUAAUUACAGCCCGUUAACGCGAUAAUUUUGACAUCCCUAAAAUUUUUAGUUCGAAAUUUUCGUUAUCUUCAUCGUUAACGAAACCAACACUGUCUGCCACCCUCUUCAAAGUUAAUUCGUGCCGGUGAAAGCAAUACAGACCCCUUCAAAAUAUAUUUUUAACUAAUUGUUAAUCGACAUAUCAUCACAAAUGUUCUGAAAAUAUUUUAUAAAGGUUGAAAAGUUACUUAGUGUUACUUUAAAAGGUGCAAUAAGGUAAAUGAAAUAAAAAUGCUCUAUAAGUGAUCUAACUCAUGAAAAAUGAAAUGUACAAUAAGGGAAAGCCCAAAUAUGCCAAAAAAGUGUACUUGUGAGGGAAUUCAAUUUUUGGUUGAUAAUGCUUUUUUUUUUUUACAUUUUAUGUUCUAAUUUUAUUUCAAAAAUGAUCAAAAAACACUUUUGGGCCAGUAAGCGCCGGGAAACGUUCCAAACACCUGUCAGGACUCUUGGUUCAGUCCAAAUAUGCCAGAAAAGUGUACUUGUGGGUGAUGUCAAUUUUUGGUUCUUUCACACUGUUUUCAAAAUUUCAACGGAAAGUAAGUAUUUGAUACAAUAAAGUAUGUCAUGAGUGUGUGGGUGGACUUGCAUGUGAGGGAUUUGUGUGUGUUGUUGCGUGAGUGUAUGUAAAGGUGUAAGAGUGUGUACAUGUGUGUGUGACUAGGUGCAAAGGAGUGAGUGUGUGUUGUUAUUAGUGUACCGUAUAUGCGUGUGUGUGUGUGGCAAAGAAACAGAUGUGAUUAGCUAAUGCUGUCAAAGAGCAUGGGCAGGGCGAAAAGAGCCAAUGACAUCAUCCUCCGAGGGAGGGAGAGAGCAUACAAUGCAAUACAAGUGAGUCGACCCAAGGCAGUGUGAGGAAGGAGGGCUGCUGUGCUGCUCACACACGCACACACACCAGCAAGGAGCUGCGCGACAACGGCAUGGCAUGAGUGCGGAACAGAAUCAGUCCCAAGACUUCGACAUAAGACUCCGCCUGGAACGUUCUUCUGUUUUCCCCCCUCCCUCCCCUCUCCCCCCUUUCCCUCCCCAUCCCUAUCACUUAGCUCCUUCAGGUGGAUCCUCCGGGCAUGCUCCUUAAGCCAAAGUAUGACCGCUUUCGCAACGAGUCUGUGACUUCCUCCUCCGAUGACCUGAUGCAGAGCUUAGCCAUGAGCGGCAAAGUCGUGGCCACGCCGGUGGUCCCCUCCUCGACCCCUGGCCUCCCCUUGCCUCCCCUGGACUCUAGCGCCAGGUCCUCCGGGGCUGCAGCUCUGGCUGACUCGCCCUGCCUGGACGGAGAGCAGGACAGCACCACCACCUUUUGCAUGCUCAUCCCCAAGAUGCCGCAGUGGAAGUUCUCCAACUCCCUGCUCAGUCGAAGCCCCUCCAACUCCAGCUCAAGCUCAACCUCCAGCAAGGACUCGAGCAAAGCCGCCCACCAAGGGUCCCCUUCCUCCUCCUCUUCGUCAACGUCGCACAGGCACAGCGGGGUGCCCUCGACCGGCCCUGUGGCCAGUCUGGCUGCUGUGCUCAACUCCUGUGACCCGGUGUGUGUCACCCCGUGUUCUCUGCAGGCCAUUCGAGGGCAGAGAGCUGCAGCGGUGCACUCUGGCCACGGAUUCGGGGAGGUCACAGCGAGCCCGGUGGGGUCUGAUUGCGGAGGCUCCAGAUCUGGAAUGAGUCGUAGGACCAGGGUGGAGGGCAUGUGGCCCAACGGGGACGAUUUCAGCCAGAAGGGCAGUUUCAUCCACAAACCUUCCCAAGGAUGGCUGCACCCGGACAAGAAGAUGGCAGGACCAGGAGCCUCUUACAUUGUCAGGUACAUGGGCUGCAUUGAAGUGCUGAAGUCAAUGCGCUCCCUGGAUUUCAACACACGCACUCAGGUGACCAGGGAGGCCAUCAACAGGCUAUGCGACACUGUACCAGGUGGAAAAGGUGCAUGGCGAAAGAAGGCUGGGAACAAAGCUCUUCAUUCCAUCAUGGGAAAGAGCAACCUGCGUUUCGCCGGCAUGAGCAUCGCUGUCAAUAUUUCCAUAGACGGACUGGGUCUGCUCAUUCCUACAACAAGACAGAUGUUAGCGCACCACCCUAUGCAGUCCAUCUCAUUUGCCUCUGGUGGAGACACAGACACACCCGAUUAUGUUGCAUACGUGGCCAAAGACCCCGUGAAUCAGAGAGCAUGUCAUAUUCUCGAGUGCUCGGAUGGUUUGGCCCAGAGUGUCAUCAGUACUAUUGGCCAAGCUUUUGAGCUGCAAUUCAAACAGUACCUACACAGUCCACCUAAGACUCUAACGUCUUUAGACAGGUCUUUCAGGACAGAGGAACCGGUGUGGGGCGAGGAUGAAGACUUCUCCGAGCACGACUACUAUAACAGCAUCCCGGGCAAGGAGCCUCCGCUCGGGGGGGUGGUGGACUCCAGACUGCGGCCCAGUCAAUCCCAGCUAUCUCACAUCCACACACAACCACAAAGCAGAGCAUCACUACAGAUGGGCUCACCAGCGAAAAGGGAGCAAACAACUCACCAUGCAAGUCAACUGUGCUAUGAACUUCAUUGGGACACCGACGCAACCAGUGGUUCAGAUGGUUACCUGUGUGCUGAUGGCCAGCCGCCUGGCAACAAAGACUACGAGGAGCACCAGUAUGUGAAUACGCAAAGUUUUGAAAACUUGGAUUCUCUGGCCCAAAGCCACAAUGGACACAGGGGGGCCAGUGGGCCAGACAGUCCUAAGAAAGACCUCUUUGACAUGAGGCCCUUUGAGGAUGCCCUAAAACUGCACGAAUCUGGCGGCGCUACUGCAGCUGAAGUCGGAGGCGUACAGCUACUGGAGGAUCAGUGGCCCAGCCCUCCAAGGCGUCGGGCCCCUGUGGCCCCGAAUGAGGAGCAGCUCCGGAGGGAGACCUGGUAUCACAGCCGGAUGAGCAGGAGAGAUGCCGAAAAGCUGCUGGUCCGAGACGGAGACUUCCUUGUGCGGGAGAGCACCGCCAACCAGGGUCAGUACGUGCUGACGGGAAUGCACUGCGGCCUGCCUAAACAUCUGCUACUAGUGGACCCUGAGGGAGUGGUCCGGACCAAAGAUAUGUUAUUUGAGAGCAUCAGCCACCUUAUCGCGUACCACCUGAAGAACGAGUUACCUAUUGUGGCAGCCGAAAGCGAGCUCCACCUCAAGCAGGUGGUCAGGAGGAAGCAAUGAGCCAUCUGCCCUUCUCCUUGAAUUCAGAUGUGCAAAGCAAAAGCGGGCUGUUCAUCCUGAGUGGACACUUUUGUGACAAAUGACGGGAUAUGAGGAGACAUCAUCGCCCUUUAUGAAUAUUCAGAUCGUCAAACUGUCCCUGCUAUUGUCAAAAAUUCCUCCCAGCAUGCAGCUCUCAAGUUAAACAAGGGAACCUCCAGGACUUCUGGUAGUCAUGCUCUGUGAUAACUCACCAGUUAGUUGUGCACAAGCAAAACUUAAAAAAAUGAGAUUCUACCACUGUUACGGGACUCUAAUGGUACAAUGGGGAAGAAAAACAAACACAAAUUUCCAAGUAGUUUGCUGAUGAAAAGCACCAAGCUUGCAACAAUGGACAGUCUCAAUAUACAGUACAGUUCAAUGAGUGUUUUGCCACGUAUGGUGUUUCGUCAUUUGCCACUUUAUUAGAUACAUCUACUCAAACCAACAAAUGAACUUCUAUGCAGGACUGUCAGGUGUACAGUAUUAGUAUUCCCAAAGGUAAAAAUGCUCAGUUUUAUUAAACAUAAUUUGUUAUAGUGGUUGUAGUUGUUUCUAACUAGUAGUUCAAAGCAUUCUUGGGGUGAAAUAUUACAACAAGUUUAAAAGGAAAAGGUCACUUGGGAUAUAAUUAUUUUGAGGUAUGAGCUUGGUUACCAAAGGAAAUAACUCAUAUCUCAAGGCACCACUGUUAAGAAGUGAUAAUUCAUCAAAUUCAAUUAAUACAAAUGCUGAUAGGGAUGUCCCGAUCGCAUAUUUUUGCACCUGAGUCCGAGUCACCUGAUUCUGAGCGUCCCGAUCUGAUACAGAAAAAAGUUUUUUUUUAACAACUACUAUUUACUGAACUUUUCCUCUUUUUCCGGGAGUGUUGCAGACUAUAAAACGUAUAUAUUUUUUGUUUCUUUUGGCAAUGCCACUGUAUUUUUGGAAUAUACAGUAUAUAUUUUUUUAUUUUUAGAAUUUUUGUUGCACUCAUUAAACCAAAUACAGUGGGGCAAAUAAGUAUUUAGUCAACCACUAAUUGUGCAAGUUCUCCCACUUAAAAAUUUUAGAGAGUCCUGUAAUUGUCAACAUGGGUAAACCUCAACCAUGAGAGACAGAAUGUGGAGGGAAAAAAAAUCACAUUGUUUGAUUUUUAAAGAAUUUAUUUACAAAUCAUGGUGGAAAAUAAGUAUUUUAUAAUUAUAUGAUAUAAUAGUAUAAGUAUUAAAAAAAUGCGAUAUUGGUUAACUUCUCGUGGCACACCUGACGAUCUCUCAUGGCACACUAGUGUGGCGCGGCACACCGGUUGAAAAACACUGUCCUAAGAUUUUCUUCAGUUGUUGAUAUAUUUGGUUUAUUGAGUAAAACAAUGUUAAUUUUUGUUGUUUACCUGCAAUUAAAUCACUUUCUUAUUCUGAUAUACAGUUUCCAAAGCAGAAAGGUGACAUAAAGCAGGGGUCCCCAUCUGCCGGGCCGCGGACCGGUACCGGUCCGUGGCGCAUUUGCUACCGGGCCGCACAGAAAUAAUAAUUUAAUAAUGAUCGCAUUCUGGCUGAAUUAACCCUGUGCCCCUGCUUAACACACCAAUAUCCCUGUCUACUCUAGAUAUAAUGCUACGGGAUAGAUUAGGUUGUCGUCAUAGAAGUCCAUUGAUUGGACCGCUAGUCGAUAAUAACGUAUUGCUAGGCCGCGGGCGCAGCACAUUUGUUCCCGGAAAUAAUUAGCCCCCACAUGAGCGAAGAUGACUGAAAAACAGACAUCUUUGGAGAUAUUUUUAUGGCGAAAAGGGCACCUGACGAGCCUGCUAUCUCGAAGACCCACCAACGGCGAAGGAGUGGAUUCGUGACCCGUUUGUGAAUAAAUCGAGUGAUUCGAGCAUGUCUGUUCAACAGGAAGAUCAACUUGUAGAGAUCGCAAAUGACGGCGACCUUAUUUAACAUACAUUUGAGACAACAACUCUACCGAGGUUCUGGAUUAAAGUCAUUCUGGAUUAUCCUGACAUCGCUUCAAGAGCAUUGAAAACCUUGCUACAAUUUCCAACAUCGUAUCUUUGUGAAGCGGGCUUCUGUUUAACAACAAGGCGAAGUCGUUAAUGGUGAGAGCGGUGUGCAGUUGUGUGCGGCUUACAUGGCAGGAUGUAUCUGAGGAGAACUUUUCUACAAGUCCUUCCAUGAUCAAACGUAAGUUAAUAUUCCUUUCUUUCAAGAAAGUUUGUAGUGUUUACUUUGGAAUCGCUGCAUUUGCGCAUUUUGCGGCUAUGUUUAACGUUAUGCGCAGAACCGCAUCGUUGCAAUUUUUGAUGGGUUGCAAAAUUUGUCAGAACACCGGUCCGUGAAAAAAGACCCAAAUAACACCGGUCCGUGGUGCAAAAAAGGUUGGGGACCCCUGACAUAAAGCACUCAACAGCAUCAAUGUGAUAGGCUGUGUACUGUGCAAGCAAUUGAUUCAAUGAAAUACUAUGACCACAAGAUGGCAGUAAUGUACUGUAAAAUGUCAACUGGCUCUUAACACUGGUGACUCUAGACAGCUUUUUUUUUUUUUUUUUUUUUAAACCCGAUCCUCUGAAAAAUGGCCAGAUUGGCCCGAUUUCCGAUCACAUGAUCGAAUCAGGACAUCCCUAAAUAAGAAUAUGAUAUUAAUUUAAAUUGAUGUAGUUUAAUGCCACAGCAAUAAACAGUUCUCUUUCUAUCACUCAAAACUGAGCAUUAUUACAUUUGUGAAGGUAGAGUUUGUGUACAGGAUCUCCUUAGGUUGUGUCGGUGUAUCUAUUGAAGUGACCUGUCUAGUUUGUGUACAGGAUCUCCUUAGGUUGUGUCGGUGUAGCUAUUGAAGUGACCUAUCUUUCUAACAGUCUGUCCAACUUCAGUGCCUUAAGAACCACGCAGGGACAGGCAUUUAGUGUACAGUGUGCGCAUCGGUGUCCCUGUUGCAAAAAAACUGUUUUCUUCUGCAAUGCCAAUGAAUGACUGUACAAAGAUCAAGAUGAUUCUGCUCACGUACAUGUAAAUAGGAAUGUAAGCUGCUCAUUUAGGGUUGAUGCAUAAUAAUGUCUGAAUGCCUGUGAGUUGCUAAAUCCCUCAAGGUCAAGUCAGAUAAAUGUGGAUUAUAUUGUGGCAUGUUUUCUUUAUCCCAGGCUCAGGAAAACAUGGUUUUGUUGUACGUCUUUGAAUGUCAUGUUUUUGUUACUGCUCUUAAGUUGAGGAAAUUCUAUUAAAUUCUGCUCCUGCUGGCAGCAGUUUCAUUGAAUGCAACACCUUUAACAGCCUUAUCACAGCUCGCUUUUCCUUUUGUUUCUCAGGAAUUUCUUGUCUCUGCUUAUUUUACAACUUGCUUCUCAAUAAAAGUCAUGGAAAA